GCUAGGCAGCACGUUUCACUUCCCCUUGGCACAUGUGGGGACGCAAUGAAGGGAAGGUGUGCUGACUAAAACUCUCAGAAUAGUCCAGUUAUCUGAAGAUCCAAAGCAGUUCGGACAUGAAGAAGAAGCAGGCUGUCUCAGAGGAACCCGCCGAGAUGAUUCCUUCAGACUCAUCCAGUGAGGGUGAAAAUGAAGCUCCCACUAAAGCCAAAAGGAGCAAAACUGAGGAUGCUGGUGAAAAGGAAGAGGUGGUGUAUCACCCUGUGAAGCUGUCCCGAAAUGAUCUGUACAGACCUCCUACAGCUGAUGAGCUGAACCAGCUGAAAGAGACUGAGAGUCUGUUUCACUGCAGUCUGCUCAAAAUGCAGAUGGAGGAGCUGCUGAAGGAGGUCACCCUGAGUGAGCGGAGAAAAGGACAAAUAGAUUCUUUCAUUCAAACUGUCACCAACUUACUCCAGACUGUGCCGGAGUCACUGCAGGUGGAGGUCAGUGACUUGUCCUGGCUGUCCGGUGCAGUCAAAGUACCUUUUCUCCUGCUGCCCAAAACCACGAAGGGCAAGUUCCGCAUGGUGCCUCCUGCUUCUGUGGACGUGAUUGGGAGCUACCCGCUGGGAACCUGCACAAAGCCGAAUGUCAUGGUGGACCUUGCAGUCACGAUCCCUGCUAGCGUCCUCCAAGCGAAAGAUGCCAUAAACCAGAGGUAUCCAAGGAAAAGAGCUCUGUACCUGGCAGGUCUGGCUGAGCAUCUCUCGCGCUCUUCUGACAUUGGGACCAUGCGUUACUCCUGUCUCCAUGGAAAUCGACUCCGACCUGUUCUGCUGGUUUGCCCUCCAGACAAAGACUCCAGCUUCACCAUCCGUGUUCAUGCCUGUCCGCCUCCUGGGUACUUCAAGCCCAGCCGUUUCCAUCCCCAGAGAAAUAACAUCCGGACAGAGUGGUACACUGGACUGCAAACAUCCCAGACCGAAACCAACGAGCCUCCAACUCCUCAUUACAACAGCUCUCUCCUGGGAGACUUACUGCUGCGGGCUCAUCUCCAGUUUCUCUCUGCUGUCAGCUCCCAGUGCCCUGCUUUUGCUGGAGGCGUUGCUUUGCUCAAAGUCUGGCUUCGUCAAAGAGAGCUUGACCAGGGCACUGGUUGUUUUAAUGGAUUUCUGGCUUCAAUGUUGCUGGCGUAUCUGCUCAUGACUCACAGAAUCAGCAACACCAUGACUGCUUAUCAGCUGCUGCGAAACAGUUUGAACUUUUUGGCAUCUACAGACCUGACCAACAAUGGAGUUAGCCUUGCUAAAAAUCCUGACUCGACUGCGCCGUCUCUGGCAGACUUCCAUGAUGCCUUCCAGGUUGUGUUUAUUGACCCUUCAGGGCAUCUCAACAUGUGUGCUGACAUGACUGCAUGUACCUACAAACAGCUGCAGCGUGAGGCAUCUGUGUCGAUGCAGUUCUGGGAUGACCCGACUGUGGACGGGUUCUACAGCCUCCUCAUGACCCCCAAACCCAUGAUCAGAACAAGUGACCACAUCUUCCAGCUAUGUGAGUUGGUGAAGUUCCAGUCCAGCUGUAAGAAACUGAAUCUCCUCAGUGAGCUGAUGGACCACAGCGGAAAUUACAUCCAAACCGCACUCCCUUUCAUUCUGUCACUGCUCCAGCGCGGACUGGGCCAGAGGAUUCACCUCCUCACCCACUCCCUCUCUCCUGAUCCUGAGUGGUCUGUGGAGAGUGAGGCCCCAAAGUAUAAAGAUCAGCCUCCCCUUUCCUUUGGGUUGCUCUUGAAUCCUGAGUUGGCAGCGUCUGUUCUGGAGAGAGGCCCACCAGCAGACAGCCCCAAGGCGGCUGAAUUCCGCCAGCUGUGGGGUCCUCGCUCUGAGUUGCGACGCUUCCAGGACGGUGCCAUCACUGAGGCCGUGCUGUGGGAGGGAGAGCACAUGUGCCAAAAGCGGCUGGUCCCAAAACAAAUCAUCACACACCUGCUGCAGCUGCACGCGGACAUCCCGGAGUCCUGCCUCAGAUACGUCGGGGCGGCGCUUGAUGACGUAAUCAAAACAGGAAGUGAGGUGCCCAGUACUGGAGAGGAGGAAAGCUUGGUGGUGGUUCAGGCUUAUGAUGACCUGAGCAGGAAACUGUGGGCUCUGGAAGAUCUGCCUCUCUCCAUCACAGCAGUGCAAGGAGCCCACCCUGCGCUCAGAUACACUCAGGUCUUUCCACCUGUGCCUCUGAAGUUGGACUAUUCCUUCUUUGAAAGGGAAAAAAUAUCCAGAUCACUGGUGCCAAAGGAAGGCAAACCUUGUCCCGCAUAUAUCACCCCCGUCACAGUGAUCUGUCACAUGGAGGGCAGUGGAAAGUGGCCACAUGACCGCCUCGCAAUCCGCCACAUUCGAGCCGCCUUCCACAUUCGUCUUGGAGCGUUGCUCAAGAAGCACCAUAACUACACAUGCAGGCCCUGUCCCACACACCUGGAUGUCUGUAAGGAUGGCUUGGUGUUCAGAAUCCAGGUGGCGUAUCACCGUGAGCCUCAGGUGCUGAGGGAGAGCCUGAGUCCCGAGGGGCUGCUCGUGCUGAGAGACAACGAGGAGGCACAGGCUCUGGAGAUGGCGACCAUCCACAAGCCUUUGCUCACAAGCACGUUGCACGGGCUGCAGCAGCAGCACCAGUGUUUCGGAGCGGUGUGUCGCCUGGCCAAGCGCUGGCUGGCCGCUCAGCUUUUCAGCGACGACGUCACAGAGGACGCGGCAGACCUGCUGGUGGCGUCUCUUUUCCUGCAGCCCGCUCCAUUUACCGCUCCCGGUUCUCCUCAGGUGGGCUUCCUUCGCUUCCUUCAUCUGCUCUCCUCCUUUGACUGGAGGAACAACCCGCUGAUAGUCAACCUCAACAGCCAGCUCACAGCGGCUGACUACACCGAGAUCAAGAACGGCUUCAUGGCCUCCAGGGAGUCUCUGCCCGUCAUGUUUAUAGCUACGCCUAAAGACCACAAACUGUCUCUGUGGACCAAACGUUCUCCAAGCGUCCAGAUGUUGCAGCGUGUGGUGUUGGUGGCUGCGGAGAGUCUGAAGGUCCUGGAACGUCAGCUGAUGGACGGCAGCCAGACUCAAGAUAUCAGGGUGGUCAUGCGGCCUCCUCUGGAUGCCUAUGAUGUUGUGAUUCACCUGAACCCGAAGCAGGUUCCCCUGCUCGGCCAGGCGGUCGAUCCCCCCGUCGUGAACUUCAGCAGGGGAACCUCGGGCGGCAGCGUGAGGCCGUCUGGAGGGGUCCUGCCUGUCAUCGACUACAACCCCGUGUCCAUCUACCUGGCAGAGCUGAGAGAGGCAUUUGGAGACUUGGCCCUCUUCUUCUGCGAUCCCCUUGGAGGAACGGUGAUCACAGUUCUGUGGAAGCCGAAGGCUUUUGUGAAAGCACCCUUCAAGACUUCUCAGGUAUCUGCCCGGAGUGUGGAGGUGACUGGAGAGGAAGCAAAAACCUUUCCCAACAUUGAAGCGAUACUCCAGGACUUCCGGAUUAUGGGGAAGGACUUGGUCAAGUCGGUGGAAGCAAAGACAGAAAAAUGGUUGUUGUAGACAAAAACAUGAAUCGCUUUGACCAAACGUGUUUCCCAACACGAUAUAUAACAUUUAGUGACGCCACAGUUUGAAGCUGAACAGGCACAAAAAAAACAAAAGUCAGUUUUUAGCAUCUUUGUUGGCAGUAGUCUGAUUUUUAUCACUGUUAAAGAGAAAACAUGUUUGUUCAGCUGCAUUUUGUCAAAUAAAUGCAUGUAUACUCUUUGGA